AUGAAAGCUCUCGCACAGCCCCUUGGCCCACCUUCCAUGCCACUCCCCCCAGCUAUUGCCAUUGAAACCAGCUGCAUGCUGGUGUACCCUACAACACCUUGUGCUGCACAUCCCUUACUUUCCAUCCUGGGCUAUUUGGUUGCUCACCAUGGGGAACUGAAGGUGCCCAAUGUUCUAUACGGUGUACCUGGAGGUGCAAGGGGAAUCACCACGGUGGCUGGGACCCUGUACCCAUAUCCUGAAAACUGGGCGGCCUUCCAGGCCCUCAUUGCCACUCAGUGCAGCGGGGCUGCGGUCCGCGUGCUCACCGCACCACCCCACUUCCAUUUUGGCCAAACCAAACACACCCCCGAAUUUCUCCAUAAAUUUCCUGCUGGCAAGGUUCCAGCCUUUGAGGGUGACGAUGGAUUCUGUGUGGUUGAGAGCAAUGCCAUUGCCUACCAUGUGAGCAACGAGGAGCUGCGGGGAAGUACUCCUGAAGCAGCAGCCCAGGUGGUGCAGGGGGUGAGCUUUGCUGAUAGCGACAGUCCCCCAGCCAGUAUCUGGGUGUUCCCCACCUUAGGCAUCAUGCGCCACGACAAGCAGGCCAUGGAGAAUGCAAAGCAGGAGGUGAGGCGAAUUCUGGGGCCGCUGGAUGCUCGCUUGAAGACAAGGACUUUUCCGGUGGGCGAACGUGUGAUGCCGGCUGACAUCACAGUUGUCUGCACCCUGUUGUGGCUUUAUAAACAGGUUCUGGAACCUUCUUUCUGCCAGGCCUUCCCUAAUACAAACCGCUGGUUCCUCACCUGCAUUAACCAGCCCCAGUUCCGGACUGUCUUGGGGGAGGUGAAACUCUGUGAGAAAAUGGCCCAAUGUGAUGCUAAAAAGUUUGCAGAGAGCCAGCCUAAAAAAGGACACCCCACAGAAAGAGAAAGCUUCCUAGAAGAGAAGCAGAAGCCCCAGGCCGAGCGGAAGGAGGAGACGAAGGCAGCUGCCCCCGCUCCUGAGGAUGAGCUGGGUGAACGUGAGCGGGCAGCGGCCGCUGAGCCGAAGGCCAAGGAUCCCUUCGCUUACCUGCCCAAGAGUACCUUUGCGUUGGCUGCAUUUAAGCGCAAGCACUCCAACGAGGACACACUCUCCGUGGCGCUGCCGUACUUUGGGGAGCACUUUGAUAAAGACGGCUGGUCCCUGUGGUGCUCCGAGUACCGCUUCCCUGAAGGGCUCACCCCAACCUUCAUGAGCUGCAACCUCAUGACUGCAGUGUUCCAGCGAUUGGACAAUCUGAGGAAGAAUGCCUUUGCCAGUGUCAUUCUCUUUGGAACCAACAAUAGCAGCUCCAUUUCUGGAGUCUGGGUCUUCCGAGGCCAGGGGCUUGCGUUUCCUCUGAGUCCAGAUUGGCAGGUGAGCUAUGAGUCAUACACGUGGUGGAAACUGGAUCCCAGCAGCGAGGAGACCCAGAUGCUGGUUCGAGAAUACUCUUCCUGGGAUGGGGCCUUCCAGCAUGUGGGCAAAGCCUUCAAUCAGGGCAAGAUCUUCAAGUGACCAUCUCUUGCCAUCGCCUAGCUGCCUGCACCUGCCCUUCAGGGAGA